AUGUACGGUCCCAUUGUGCGUGUUGGCCCAAAUGAGCUCUCUUAUGUCACGGAAGAGGCUUGGAACGAUAUUUAUAAAACGCGGAAAGGCGAAGAACAAUUGAAAAAGGCCUUUCCACAGACACCAAGCUUUCAACAUGGAUUGAUGGAUAAUCCGUAUGAUGAUCAGCAAGCGGUCUGCCGCAAGAUUCUGGCAUCAACGAUCAAUGACCAGGCUGUACGACGGAACGAGAAUAUCUUGCACAGUAACAUCUCAGCGCUGCUAAAGCACCUGCAGCGCAAAGUGAGAGAUAAUGGGGGCAAAGCUGUUCUCGACAUUGCCCACUGUUAUGAAUGUGUUGCCUUUGAUAUAAUCGGCGAUUUGUUCUCGGGGGAAACCUUCGGGUGCCUCAAGGAUCUGGAGCUUCCACCGUUGCAUGGAGAACUCGUCCUGGGUCUCAAGCGACUUGCCAUAGGUUGCGCAUUUCAAACUAGUGCUUUGACACGAUUCCUCUUCUUGAGGCGUGAAGCUCCACCACUUCCAGCAGUAACGGAGACUGAAAGACGCUUGAAACAGAGCAAGAAAUCGUCUGAAAAGCGAAAUGACAAUAUAUUGUCCCACGUGUUUGAGGACGUAAAUCGACCAAAUGGUAUCGACCGAAAGUUAGCUACACGUCUGGCCGCUGAUUCCAUCAUCGGUGGGUUUGAUACGAUAGCAAUUGCCAUGGUUGGAACGACAUAUUUCUUGGUACAAAAUCCGUCUAAAUUAGCAACGGUCACAGCUGAGAUCCGCUCGAAGCUGAAAAGCAAGAGUGAUAUCACCCUCGCAAAUGUCAAUUCAUUACGUUAUCUCAACGCCGUCUUCACAGAGGGUUUGAGAUUAUGGCCUCCUGGUCCGGAGACAUUGAGGAGAAUCACAAAUGCUCAAGGAAAUAUCAUAAAUGGUGAUCUCAUACCACCAAAGACCUUAGUUGGUGUCUACCAUUGGACAGCAGGUCGAUAUUCCCGAGCUUGGAAGGAUGCAGAAGCUUUCGUCCCCGAACGUUGGCUGGAAGAAGGCAUGAAUGGGAAGUAUGCAAACGAUCAACGCGGAGUGAUCAAUUCUUUCCAAGCAGGUCCUCGAAACUGUCCUGGCCAAGCGUUGGCCAAUGCCGAAUUCCGUCUGGUCCUCGUAACACUCCUUUGGCACUUUGAUAUUGCUGCCGCAGAACAUCAGCUUCCGGAUUGGUCUAAGACGAAGAUAUUCGGUCUCGUCGCCAAUAAGCAGCCUCUAAUGGUCAAGAUCACACCUCGCUCCGAGAUUUAA